GAGAGUACCAGGAUACAUCUCAAAAGAGAUGUGACGCUUGGAGGAAGGGAUAUAUGGGUGGACAGCCUGAUCUCACAAUAGUAACUCCAAGUAAUGGUUUCCAUGGAUUCGCAAUAGAACUUAAGACCCCAAAGGGUACAGGUGAAGUCAGAGAUAACCAGGUAGCAUGGAUAAGGGAGUUAGGUAAAAACGGAUACCGUACAUAAGUACCACCCAAAAGCUCUAAUCCUACCGGGACUAGGAGAGUACCAGGAUACAUCUCAAAAGAGAUGUGACGCUUGGAGGAAGGGAUAUAUGGGUGGACAGCCUGAUCUCACAAUAGUAACUCCAAGUAAUGGUUUCCAUGGAUUCGCAAUAGAACUUAAGACCCCAAAGGGUACAGGUGAAGUCAGAGAUAACCAGGUAGCAUGGAUAAGGGAGUUAGGUAAAAACGGAUACCGUACAUAAGUACCACCCAAAAGCUCUAAUCCUACCGGGACUAGGAGAGUACCAGGAUACAUCUCAAAAGAGAUGUGACGCUUGGAGGAAGGGAUAUAUGGGUGGACAGCCUGAUCUCACAAUAGUAACUCCAAGUAAUGGUUUCCAUGGAUUCGCAAUAGAACUUAAGAUCCCAAAGGGUACAGGUGAAGUCAGAGAUAACCAGGUAGCAUGGAUAAGGGAGUUAGGUAAAAACGGAUACCGUACAUUAAUAUCUAACGAUUACACAAAGAUAGUGCUAGAUAUAGAGGAGUACUUUAGGGUUGAUAAGAUAAAGAAACUCCUAGAGGAAAUAAAGAAUCUUAAGAUAAAGUGUAAGACUUUAGAGUCUAGUAAGUGUAAGGAAGUUAUAAUCAGGCGGAUUGGUUACACAGUAGGUAAGUACUAGAGUGCAAAUGGGAAGCGAAGGAAAGAAACUUAAAAAAUGCUCGGCAAAUUUUGUCGGGCAUUUCUUAAGCAAUCCCAUUAUACUGCCAAGUGGAUUCGAGACAUCUUACAAGUAAAUUCAAGUUAUCUCACCAGUUAUCUCACCAGUAUAUUUAAGUUAUCUCACCAGUAGAUUUGAGUUAUCUUGUAAGUUAUCUUACAAGUAGAUUUAAGUUAUCUUACAAGUAGAUUUGAGUUAUCUUGCAAGUAAAUUCAAGUUAUCUCACAAGUAGAAUUCAAGAUAUCUCAUAAGAUAAAACCCAGUUAAACCUAAGGUAUCUUACAAGUAGAAUGGCAGAUAAACCUGAGCAAAUUCAAGUACCAGUAACAAGUGAAAAGAAGAAGGACCCAAGAAGAGUAGAGGCAGGGAAACGACUAGCUGCAAUCAGUAAAAUAGCAAAAGAGAGAAAAAAGAAACAGGCUGAACCUAACGAGUCACCUAGUAAUGACAGUAUGAUUACCUACAUAGGAGUGGCCAUUGCAUUGAUAUCUCUUGUGCUAGCAUAUAAAACACAUCAGAGGGAAACUAGGGAACCAGAACCUGAGUACAUCCCUAAAACUGUAGAAGUAACUAAGAGAGCCGAUGAGUCCAAGUUAGAUUCACUUGAAUGAUACACUAAACAUACCAUAUAUUAUAGCAAGAUGAGUAAAGAAUCAAAGAUGACUAGGGAAGUGUACGACGCAGUGUUACUUACAGCAGGAGCAGUUGGUAUAUCAAUGGCAUCAAAGAAACUAUUGAAAGAACCCCUAGGUACCCCAGAGAAUGUAAAGGGAAUGGUAAAAUUAGCUGUUUCAGUUAGUCUUUCAUCUCUACUGGUCUCUUACUUGAAAGAAAAGAAGUAUCUACCAGAUGAUCCAUUCAAAACCUAGGUAAAACUAUACAAUGGCGGGAGCAGUAGUAGGAGGACUCUUUAACGCAUUUGCAUUUGCGGGAGCAGGAUACUUAUUUAAGAUGUUUGACAAGAAUGGAUAUGCUGAGGAAGUUCAUAGACAUAACCUUGCAAUGGAGAAUCUAACAGCUGAGAGAGAAAAGUACCUCGAAGAGGUCACUGAUAGGAGAAAUAGAAUUGCCCAACUCAAGUCAGAACUAGCUGAGGCAAAUAGGGAUAUAAAGUCAACGAACCAGUCACUGGAACUAGUCAGAAGAAUCAAUGAGUUAAAACGCAAGCCUAUGCCAAGGAAGCCGCAAUUGAGUAAUCACUACAAACCUAGCUCUGAGAUGGAAGAAUAUAUGGCAAUAUUCGGUUUAAUUACAGGUGGGGUGGUUGGAGGGGCAGCUUAUUUAAUUCUAUAGAAAAUGCCGCAAAAAAUUUUUACACUAAUAGUAUAGGAAAAUGGAUUGGCUUCAAAUGGUAACACCUGAGGAAGUAGUAGCCCUGGGAAAAAGGGUAGACACAAUAGAAGAGUUAGAAGCUGCAGUUAAAAAGUGGGUGGAACUAAGAAUAAUAAGAAGACGCUUAAAUACACCCCGAAAAUCAGCAGAAAAUUUUCACACUAAUAGUAUAGGUAAAUGGACUGGCUUCAAACAGUGACACCAGAGGAAGUAGUACUAGUAGGCAGGAAACUAAACACCAUAGAAGAGCUAGAGGUAUCAGUAAGAAAGUACGUGGAAAGAAGAAUAAAGAGAAAACACACAUAUGAUCCAAUAUGUAGCGAAUGUGGGAGUAAGUCUAUUGUAAUGAUAGAUGGGGCAGAUACAUGCACACAGUGUGGUACUAGUAAUAUGAAUAACUUCUCAUACUACGUUAGUUACAACUACAACAAGGACGACUAUCUGAAAAAGAAGUCUUGUCACAGCAGAGUCCGCUGGUUUGAGAGGCACUUGUUCGAACAUGUUGCUUCCAGGGAUAGGGACAUCAUAAGGGAGCAGUUCAGAAGUAUAGUAAGAUGUAUACAAAGACUUAGACUGCAAAGGGGGCGCAACAUAGUCAGAUACAAGUUUUACCUACUGAGGAUAGCCAGCAUGAAUGGUAUUUCCCUGAAGAACCCUCCUGAGGACAUUAAGACUCAAAAAAUUGUGGACAUCCUUGAGGAUAGGUUGUAUGGGAAGGUUUUUGUUGAGCUUGGAUGGAAACCUGAGAAAUGUGAAUAUUACAAUAACUGGAAAAGUAAAAACACUUAAAGAAAUAUUAAUAUAAUAAAUCAAUAGAAUUAAAUCAAAAAUAAAAACACUUAAAGAAAUAUAAUAAAUCAAUAUAAUUAAACAAAAAUAAAAUCACUUAAAGAAAUAUUAAUAUAAUAAAUUAAUUGAAUUAAAUAAUAAAUUAAAUAAAAAAUAAAAACACUUAAAGAUAUACUGAUAUAAUAAAUUAAUAGAAUUAAACAAUAAAUUAAAUUAAAAAUAAAUUCGAAAUAAAUUAUUAAUUAAAUACCCGAAUUUAUAUUUACAUAUAUAGUAUAUAGAAACUGUUAGAAAAUAUGGCGAGUUACUUGAACUUAGACGAAUUCAGCGUAGAACAGCAUAUGGCUCUCAACAGUAUCAUAGAUAGUGACAACGAGAUCGACGAAAGAGUAGAGGACAUCAUGGCUGACAAAAACUACAGGAUUGCACCUGAUGAUAAGGGCAAAAGUCCCUUUGAAGGAGAAAGACAAUUCGUAGAUGAAGUUGACCGUGAUAUGGAGGUAAAGAAACCCAGACGCAUUCCUUUGAACUAUAAGGGAAGAAGAGGAAUUAUGCCAACGUGGAAGUACUCUGACAGGCAAAAGGCAAAGGCCUUACUUGUUGAGGAGGCAUACCAAAGCUUACUGUCUAAGGGUGUUCAGGGAUUACCACCAACAAUGGGAGGAAGAUGGCGCACAGAUGAUCCUCAAGUGAAUGAGGAAAUUAAGAGGAUCGAAAAUGAGAGGAACCCUAAGAUCAAGCGUCCCAGAGGUAGACCACCAAAGGCAAAAACUGACUCUGAAGUUAAGGUUUCAAAAAAGAGAGGAAGACCUCCAAAGGCAAAGUCCGAUGCCGAAGUGAAGGUUCCUGGAAGGAGAGGUAGACCACAAAAGGUAAAGACUGACUAUGAAGUGAAGAUUCCUAAAAAGAGAGGUAGACCACCAAAGGUAAAGUCUGAUGCUAAGGUUAAAAGGCAAACUGUAGCUGAAAGAUUCCUGAGCCAGAGGAAGGUAAAACUCUCAGUGCCUGCCGAUAGUGUCAUAACACCAACAGGUCCAGGUAAGUUCACAAUUCACGUGGAUCUUAAUAAGAGACCUGUGAGGAAAGCUCCCGAGGUACCUAAGGGUGUAGCUCCAUGGAGACCAAUACCUAAGCCUAGAACGGUACUUCCUAAGGAAAGACCUGUACCGAAACCUAGAACUAAGCUUCUUAGGGAAAGACCUGCACCGAAACCCAGGACUAGGAAACCAGUGUCUCCCCCUAAGUUACGUAAGCCUGUAAGAGUGUCAAAGGAAGUUAAGAAACAACCACCAGUGAUCACACCAAGUGAAUAUGAAAUCGAUCCAUUUGGAACAGACCUUGAAAAGCCAUUCCACAGGAAAAUCGAAACAGCCGCAAAUGGAGCCGCUGUGACUUACUCGAUAACUCCUCAUUAUAUGGACCCCCUGAACCAGAUGACUGCAAGUAGACAGGUAGUGAGAGGAAUACUUGUGAACGAGUUGAAGAGAAUGGGUGGGUUGAAGUACACAGAGACUCUGAAGGUGAGAAUGUCAAAGGAAAUUGGUGACGGGAAAACCAAAAAGGACUCGGUCUACUUCAAAUCCAAAACUGGUACUGCAACUAACUUCGAGGACAUUGAAAGUUCAGCUGCUCAAAACCAAAUGACAAUAUUAUCUAGAAUUGAAACCUUCCAAAAUUUAGGUUCAAAUUGGAUUAUACUCAAUAUUGAGAGUCAUUACGUAAACAUUGCAAUGUACAAACCAUUAAAGGGUAGUUCAUAUAUGAAACUUCCAGGGGACAUUAGUAACCCAAAGUGUGGGCUCAUCAAUAUGAAAAAUGAUGAUAAUAUGUGUUUCUUGUGGAGUCAUGUGAGACAUCUGAAUCCUAAGGUUAGACGAGCAACCACCAUCACACAGAAAGACAGGGAAUUCAUAACGAACCUGGACUACAAGGGUAUAGACUUCCCUGUGAAGAUCAGCGAUAUUGAUAAAAUUGAGAGGAAAAACAGUAUCAGCAUAUCUGUGUUUGGUUAUAAGGGUAAGAAACAGUUCUACCCUAUAAGGAACUCCAAGGCUAAAUACGAGGAUCAUAUGGAACUUCUACUCCUGGGUGAUGGUGAAGGUAACAACCAUUAUGUGCUUAUAAAGGAUGUUAACAGGAUGCUCUUCAGUGUAAGUAAACAUACACAUAAGAAGCACUUCUGUCUACACUGUCUUCAUAGUUGUGUGAGUAAAGAGUCACUUGAAAAUCAUAAGGAAACAUGUCUGCAGGUAAAUGGAACUCAGGCUGUAAAUCUUCCCAAGGAAGGGACAAAAAUCAAGUUCAAAAAUCAUAGGAACUCAAUGCCUGUGCCGUUUGUGAUAUACGCUGAUUUUGAGUCCAUACUAGUACCAGAGGAGAGAGAAGUGGAGUUAGAAAACCCUGAGGACAAAAGUAGUACAGACCUUUACCAGACACACAAGGCUUGUAGUUUUGGUUUGAAGACUGUCUGCCACUACGAUGAUAAGUUCUCCGGUGAGUAUAAGAGUUACGUUGGAGGGGAUGCUGCAUUGGUAUUCCUGAAGACUGUAUUGAAAGAGUCCUUCAGAUGUAGAGAGAUGGUCAACAAUAUAUUCAAGAAAAAGAUGGUAAUUACACCCAGACAGGAAUUCGAAUUCCAGGCUGCAAGAAACUGUUCAAUAUGUGGUAACGACCUUGGUGAGGACAGGGUAAGGGACCAUGACCAUGUAACUGGAAUGUACCGUGGGGCUGCUCACAAUAUAUGCAACCUGAAGUACAGAAUUACAUGGAAAGUGCCUGUGGUCUUCCACAACCUGAGAGGUUACGAUAGUCAUUUGAUUAUGCAGGAAAUUGGUAAGUUCAAGAUGAACGUUAAUGUGAUUCCAAAUAAUAUGGAAAAAUACAUCUCAUUCUCACUGGGUAAGAAUCUGGUCUUCAUAGACUCUAUACAGUUUAUGGCUUCUUCACUGGAAGCACUGGUAAGUAACCUUUCACCUGAGGACUUCAGGAUAGUAGGUAAGAGGUGGAAGGGUGAGGACUUCAACCUAGUAACACAAAAAGGAGUGUUCCCUUAUGAGUUCCUCGAUAAUAUUAGCAAGCUUGAUACUGAAGGUCUACCGAGUAAGGAUAAGUUCUACUCAUCACUGUAUGAGUCAGAGGUGAAGGAAGAAGAUUACCAAAGAGCUCAAAAAGUGUGGGAUCACUUCAAGAUGAAAACCUUGAGAGACUACCACGAUCUCUACCUGGAGACUGCCGUUCUUCUGCUGGCUGAUGUGUUUGAAAACUUCAGGAGAACAUGUCUGGAAAGUUAUGAACUUGACCCCGCACAUUACAUGUCAGCACCUGGUCUAAGUUGGGACGCUUUCCUGAAAAAGUCAGGUGAAGAAAUAGAACUUGUAAGUGAUAUGGAUAUGUUUCAGUUCUUCGAGAAGGGUAUGAGAGGUGGUACAAGUUAUAUUGCUUAUAGACACUCCACAGCUAAUAAUAAGUACAUGGAGACGUAUGAUGAGUCGUCUGAGAACAAGUACUUGAUGUACCUCGAUGCUAAUAAUUUAUAUGGCUGGGCAAUGUCACAAUCACUCCCAAAUGGAGAGUUCGAGUGGGUUGAGGAAUUCGACGGUAUGAAUCUAGACGACUACCUUGAGGACAGCGAAAGAGGGAUGGUUUUGGAGGUUGACCUGGAAUAUCCACAAGAACUUCACGAUCUACAUAACGGUUAUCCUCUAGCACCGGAGAGUAAGGAAAUCAGUGCUUCUAUGUUGUCAGAUUAUGCGAAGAGUAUUGCUGAGAAAUUCCAACUGACAAUUGGAGGAGUAAGAAAACUUGUGACUUCACUUGGUCCCAGAAAGAACUACGUCUUACAUGUACGUAAUCUAAAACUGUACACGGACCUUGGAAUGAAACUAACAAAGGUCCAUAGAGCAGUUACAUUUAAACAGUCUCCCUGGCUUAAGAACUAUAUAGACUUCACUACAAAGAAAAGGUCUGCAGCCCGUAAUACGUUCGAAAAGAACUUCUUCAAGUUGAUGAAUAAUUCGAUUUACGGAAAGACUAUGGAAAAUCUUAGGAAAAGGGUUGAUGUGAAAUUAGUGUCCUCCAAAGACGACCUCCUAAAACUGACAGCAUCACCGUGCUUCCAGUCACAUCGAAUCAUGAAUGAGAAUCUUAUAGUGGUAAAAAGGAUGAAAGAAGUUCUAACGCUGAAUAAACCGUGUUACGUAGGAAUGAGCAUCUUAGACUUAUCCAAGACUUUAAUGUAUGAUUUCCACUACAACACCAUCAAGAAGGAGUACGGUAAUAGUUCAAGGCUACUGUUCACUGAUACUGACAGUCUGAUGUACGAACUGAAGACGGAUGAUGUUUAUGAGGACUUUAAGAGAAUUGGUAAAGAGCAAGACUGUUGGGAUAAUUCGGAUUACCCAAAAGAUUCUCCAUACUACUCAACUCACAACAAGAAGGUUAUAGGUAAGUUUAAGGAUGAAGCUGAAGGAGUACCUAUAAUUGAGUUUGUUGGGUUGAGGUCAAAAAUGUAUUCCUAUGUAAAGGAAAACGGUGGAGGCGGAAUGACUGCUAAAGGAGUCAAAAAGUAUGUCAUCAGAAACAAGCUCACUCACGAGAACUUUAAGAAUGUAAUUAAUACGAAAGGUAGGAUGAGACAUAAUAUGAAUACAAUCAGAAGCGUAAAGCAUACAAUUGGAACUUACGAAUUGAAGAAGGUUACUCUGAGUUGCUUUGAUGAUAAAAGGUAUCUUUUGGAGGAUGGAGUUACCAGUUAUGCUUAUGGUAACAAGAAUAUAAAAAAUAGUAGCCUGCGAGCAGGCUCUCUGGGGAAAGAGAGCCUGCAAGGAUCCCUUUGAUGAUUCGGUGCAUGCGUCCAAUAUUUGGACGCAGUGCUCUGAUUGGUUGAUAACUGAUUCAUAUGAAGUGAUUGACAAGCUUCCAUAAACUUGCACUUCCCGUUUGUAAAACCGAGCAACGCAAAGCUUCGGAAUUGCGGCAAUGUAGAGAUAAAAGUGUCAUGUAUUUUGAUCCUGGUUGACUUUUUACUGUAAAUUAAUAUAGUAUUCAUGUAAAGACGAAUACUAAAAGCUUGCAUGCUUUAUUGUGUCCUUGGCUUGUCUGACUCCUAAGCUAAGAAUAAUUCUUGAGAAAGACUGCACAAAUUCGCAAACCGAAACCUAGGGACAAGGCAUUAUAUCGCUUCUCUUUUAUGAAACAAUAUUGGGAAUUCUGAUAAUAUUAAGUGCAUAUUGUGUGUAUUAAGCUUGUUUUACAAUGUUAUACUGACUAUUUAAUAUUUAUAAGUAUGCGGCGUUAAAAUGUACAGUAAUUUACUCGUCACUUUGUUUACAAUAAUUAUCACAUGCAUGUUUACUGCAAUUCCACUUUUGUUGCAAAAUUUGAACUAUAAACAUAUUAUUAAAUUAUGUCCAAUGUCCAUGGUAUAUCAUAUAUGUCUAUGUCUCACCAAAGCCAUAAAUUUCAGUAAGUUAUAUUAUUACUAUAUAUAUAGACUGUAUACAGUGUAUAUUAUAUAUUGCAGCACGAAGCAAUUCCAAAUAACUGAAUUAGUUAGCGGGUAAUAUACAACUUUAAACUUACUGUGCCUACAGGAGAAACACAUGCAGAUUGUAAUAAAAGUACAACUUGAUAUAUUACUCUGUAAAACCUCGAGCCGUUUUAACUUUUUUAGUAUGCCACAGUGGCGGUCUGUAUACGAAACUAUUACAGUAACGAAUUUGAAACGAAUCGGUUUAUGUUUACAAUAUCGUAGUGUAUUCCGGUCUGCGCUGAUUGGUUGUUAUUAAUUGACCUGUGACAUCAUAAUUGAAGGGCGGCACGCAAUCAUCAUAGGGAUCCUUGCAGGCUCUCUUUCCCCAGAGAGCCUGCUCGCAGGCUAAAAAAAUAGUGACUGAGAAGUUCCCACAGAGUAGAAAGUAAUAAUCCUAAAGGGUAAAUAAGCAGGAAGGGCCCCCUGCCUUGUGUACCCUCAAGGAGGAAAUAAAAGAUGUUGAAAAGGCUUUGGAAUAGGAAGGUUGGACGAUAUUGGGAAAGUGUAGUCUCAGUUGAUUCUGAAGCUUUGAGGUAAGUUAAACUAAAAAUAAUUAAUUCUAAUCCCAAAGGAAAAAACUGGCGUUCCUGAAAAACCAAUAUGGUCUAGAACCGUAAAACAAUAAAAAAGGAUUUUAAUUAAAUCAGUGUGUACGUUUUCACGUGAACGCGAACGAAAAACUAGUGGUCUAGACACGCCAGUUCCUAUACUACUAAGGUGCACACUUGUAGCACACAGAAUACCAAAAAAAUCAGUUUCAUUUUAGGAAAAGAGGAAAUAUGCUUUGGCAAACAUGCAAUUGUCCGGGAAAACUCACGGAUCAUUACCACCAACAUUGAAAAUUGGCAUAUAAAUUAUCAUAUUUUGAGUCGGGAUGACCGGAGGUUUCUCCCAAAAGAGUAUCUGCGCGUUGUUGGCCGAUAACGUACAGUAAUCCCUCGAAUAUACAAGGAGCGUCAUUGGAACUUAGGGAUUGCAUUCAUUUACUUAAACCAGAGUAGCAAGUGAAAAUAUGUCUGAUAUUUUAUCUUAUUCAAAUUUCCUUCUUUAUCGUAUUGGCCCAAUUUAGACGCAUUGUAUAGCCAUAAUGCGAUCUACAGUACAGUGGCAGUUGUCCUGGAAACAAAUCUUGCCUUGUCACAUGGAGGAUUAUCCAUGAAGACCAACUGCGCACGCAAUUUCAUCCGUGUAGACAAACUAUAGCAAUGUUCACCUUGGCGGAUGAUCCUGCCGCAUUCAUACGAAACCAAACGUGCUACUGUAUGUUUUCUUUGCCAAAACAUAGAUUGGAUGACCGUGGAUGCUUCCUCUCACCCGAAAAAACGUGUCCUGUUUUUGUGUUGCGUUUCAGUAAAAUUUGUUUUACGUGGAAAAUCUGCUUUGUUUUGUAGUUUUAUUUCUGAUUUUGACCAGAUGAUGCAACAAAAGAAAGAGGUACAGGAUGUGAUACAUUUAGUGAUUAGAAGAUAUUUUAGUGAUUUUUCGAGUGGAAGAUGAUCAUAAAAAAUAACCUCCCCCUAGUAUUACUCCACCUUUAAAACUUUAAAGAUUACACCCACCCUUGAAGAAUUUAGUUGUAUCUCUGUCACACCGCAGUUGUUUGUUAUCGUCCCUAGUCCCUACCUACAUACACGUGCACCAACCGUUCGAGUAUUAAGGCUUGUUCAAACGAGGCCAACAACGAAAUAAUUGAGAAAUAACAUGAUGAUAAGCGAACUGUGAACAUACAACAAUUAUAACUCAAAUACAUUAGUCAAGCACGACUUAGACUCACUUAGUAGUCAAGCAAGUUGAUAGGCGGGCGGCGCACAUGACCGACACAACUCAGCACCAUGUUAUCCUAAUUGUUUUUUACUCUUCAAUCUUUCAGGACAAUAGAAAAGCCCACAGACGGAGAAAGGUGCGAUUCAUUUAUUUUAAACUUUUGAAAAUAUUUGAUUUUAUUUUGGUUUCGUUAGGCAUAUAGCAGUGUACGCUUUCUCAGGGACGGCGUUAAAAGGGGUGUGGCACCCCCAUUCAUGAGGUAGUUGGCAAAAAAGAUUUCUGAAAGCCUGUGAAGGAUAGCUGAAUAACUGUGUUUUAAAGUGUAACUAUUAAUUUUUUAACCGUGAAAGGGUUGGUAGGCUAUAAAUUAAGCUAUGUAUUUAUUGCAUGAAAUUUAAGGAAAACAAUAUAAAGCUUUAGUAAAGGUGGUAGUAAUAUAUUGGCAACCACCUAACCCCCCCCCCCCAAUAUUUAGCGAAGUGUCCGCCAUGCAGUCCCACUGAACUUGUAAAAGUUCGUUUAAGUACCUCACCGUUUUUCAAGCUCAUUCCUCGUGUUUUAACACACUUUUUUCAAAUCACUACCGAGUAUUUCUCCCAUGCAUGUGUAUUUGCCACUUGGAAUUUCUUAAUGAAUCUCAAAUAUAACCAUUUUAGAAUUCUCACUUGUUCUAGAGUCAUAAAGUUUAAAAGAUUAUUGUCUUCUGUUUAGUACAAAUUUUGUUUUAUGUAUGUUUAUUGAGAAUACUACAUUUUGUAGAAUGUUGAUAUAAUAAAUGACAACGAUGACUUGGUUGUGGGUAUAAUAAAAAGAAUGCAAGAGGCAGCCAAAGAAGACAAAUUGGCAAAUGAAGCCAAACAAGCGGCGACCAAGAAACUCAAGUUACUGCCAACCGUCCUCAAACAUAUGCUAAAGUAAGAUUACGUUUUUCUCCUGUGUCUGUAACUCUGUAUAAGUUUACUGAGCGGUUCUCUUCCAUUAGCCUUCGCCAAGAUGCUGCCAAUUUCUUUAUUAGAUCCAACUUCUUUGCAAGGCAACUCAGCCAAAUACAAAUAUCUGAUUCUUUUUGGCUCCUAAAUUUUGCAACUGCUCAAGCUGUAACAACAUGCAGAUGUGUUUUGUAUACAAGUGGCUAUAAAUUCUAUACUUCCUCAAUUGAAAAUCUGUAAAUGUUCGGUAAGAUAUGCAGGAUCAGUCGUCAGAAUCCAUAUUUUACUGAUGACUUUACUAUAAUAAUGACAUAUUUAUUCGAUGGAUUCCAUCAUAAAAAAAGUAAGAUUUUCGAGGAUGUUCAUUAAAUUUGACAGUACUGUAUGUUUUAGAUUUUAAGGGCAUUUUCAUGCUUACAGGGAUUUUCACGAACUUUUGGUCAUAAGUGUACGCACUUUUGGGAGUGUUUUCCUGAUAAGAUCCCACGCGCCUACUACGAUUUUUACCCACUGUGCAUCAUAAAGUAAAAGGUACCCUUUAUGUUCCUUUAGGAUUGAUUUGAUGGUCAUAUUCGUCGAUAGUAAUGUCCUUCCAGUCCUGAAGGUAAAGUCAACGUGUGACGUCAUUAUCGGAAAAGAUGAGAAAUGAUUUACAGCAGUCGCCUGUGUCAUUAACCCGAUUUCAUUCCGAUUAUACUAGAACGCAAAUAAAGUACAAAUGAGACCGCAUUCGGAACGCAAAGAGAAUUAAGCGUUGGAGAACGCUUCUGGACGCAUUCCUGAUGUGUUUUCUGUUAGGAUUAUUGCUAAGCACUGCUACCACAGGUUUUCUGUUCGUCUACUUGUAGACCUGUCUGCUGAACAAACAAAUGUUUAGUCUCUGAACGCACUUCAAGCUAUGAUCUUUUAUAUAUAGAGAUGUCCAUAGGGAAGGCUAGAUAAGUACAAUUUUUCAUUUUUUAUGUUUUAUAGGAAUGGAUUACUCCACUUCCAGACGGUUCUUUACCACAUAUUCAAAUUCGAGAAGGGAUAUUGACAAUUUUAGAACAGGUAUAGUCAAAAUAUCCAGUGAUAAAUUCUGUUUUCAGUUGAAUUUCUGCAAAUAAUUAUUUUUGUUUGUGCUUCACUGCAAAAGUAAAUUCUAAACUUUCUCAAAGCCACCCCUGAGAAAAGUUCGUUAUCGAAAAACACACACAAUUAGAGAGACUUGGAGCAAGGAUAUAUAGUUUAUUUCCUACAGUAAAUAAUGUGUUUGAUAUCUCUUAUAUACAGGUACAUAUAAAUUCAUGUUAAUUAACUUUACAUUAUUACAUAUUGCACCGAGGUUCACAUGUAGAUUUACUGAAUGUGUUUUUAUUAUAGCUUCCUCCAGUGGAUAGUGGUGCGUUAAAAGUAAGCGGGAUUGGUAAAGCUAUCAUGUACUUGUUUAGACACCCGAAAGAAAGCAGAAAGAAUAAGGAACGUGCUGGGAAAAUUAUAAGUAAGUGUAUGAAAAGUUAGAUAUCGCUGAAUUGAUAUCCAUCAACUAUAGCUACAUGAUGGGAAUAUCAAUCUUAUAUAACCCGGGAGUUGUAAUUAAAAACGUAAACAUAAAUUAGGCUGCUAGUGGAGAUACAAGUUACUAUAAUGACUGAGGCAAAUUAUUUGCUAGGCUAACUUCAUUUACAGUAAGCCUAUAGUAAACAAUUUGCAAUUUGCUCUCAAGCUGAAUUGAGAGCCUGCAUCGAUGACUAAUGAAUUUGAAUAUCUGCCCCGUAACGUUCGUUUUUCCAAAUAUGGAAUGUCUAUCCUUACAUGGUGUUGUUUACAACUUUCGUGCAAACUAAAUUUAGACCGUGCAAACUAAAUUUAGACCGUACAGUUUAUACUGUUUUUCGAAAUAUAAGAUAUUGAAGCAACUGUUUUCUCAAAACAGAACAUUUCGUGCUUUGAGAUAAGAUGGCCAAGACCAAUUUGAUCAGUUAAUGUGUUUUUAUGCAUAGUGCUUCAGCAGUUGACAUAUUUAGAGCUCAGCGGAAACAUAUAAAUUAUAGCAUCUGACCAAUGAGAAUUUCGCGUCACGAUUUGAGACGCAGAUAUUCAAAUUCAUUAGUCAUCGAUGCAGGCUCUGAAUUCAGCUUGAGAGCCUGUUCGCAGGCUAGCGAUUUGCGGGCUGGGUCUCGUAUGUAAUGCUAAUACAUAACUUCAAUAAGACCCGGGAUGGGCUCCCUGUGGAUGCACGAUUGCCAUUCCGGAGUAUGAAAAUUACUGCUGAAGCCAACUGAAGCCACAAUUCCUCUUCAUUUAAUUUACGAAAUUUCUUUAAGCGUGUUUAUUCGAUUAUGUGCGUCAGACUAAGAAUCGUAUAUGACUAAUCGUAUCGUGUAUACCGACCUUUAUGCAUACAAACUUCUUAUGGUAAACGGUUGAAAAUGAUCUAUCAAUAACGUGCUAUCUAUCUAUCUAUCGAUCUAUCUUUAAUAAUAAGUACCAUAGCGGUGUGUUCAUUACUUGUUCUUUAUUCUUUCAAGAUAUGCUUUAAUGGUAUACGCUCACUUUGAAUUGUCAACUCUAUAUUGACCUUAGAAGUCCUUAUGUCAGACAAUGAAUAUUUUACCCACAUUGCACUGAGUAUACCUAAUGUUUUGAUGGAUUGAAAAUUGCGUGACGAAAGCACUUCUAAGGGUUAUUGCAUGGGGAUUUUGAUUCCAAAAAUAUCGAAUAAUCGUGAAUAGCUGCUUAUAUGCAGAGUAUAAGGCACAAGUUUAAGCACAUUCUGGAGAUCGGUUAUUUUCAUCGUUUAAGCACAUUCUGAAAGUCGGUUAUUUUCAUCGUUUAAGCACAUUCUGAAAGUCGGUUAUUUUUCACAGUUUAAGCACAUUCUGAAAGUCGAUUGUCCCACCCUCGUACAUUCGGCCCCCAACAAUUAUUCCAAUCCUGGGAAAAUAUUGCCACGAUUGUAGCUCAACAUUUUGUCCUCUUUUUCAGGCGAGUGGUCCAGACCAAUAUUUGGAGUGACGGCAAAUUUCAAAUCAAUGUCGAGAGAGGAAAGAGAAGAGCGGGAUUAUGCAAAUAUGUCCAAACGCAGAAGAUUAAGGUAAACAUGGCUUACAUAUUGGUAUACAGGUAGUGUUAUCAGAGUGUGCCUGCGACUAGACUGGUUUUCAUCCAUUAACGCGUGUAGAAUUAAGUAAACACUAAACAUAGAGAACAUCAAAUAGGAAAGAAGUGAGUGUCAAUGCCGCUUUUGAAUGUCACGUUCAUCAAAUAUUGUAAAUUUAGUUGUGUUGGUGUAAUGUACUCAGGUGAAUAUGAAUUCAAUAUGAUGCUUGUGAUGUUACUCUGAGUGUAUAUCCACACCGGUCAAGCUUGAAAAAUAUGCCUGGGACCGGUGUGGAUAUACACUCAGAGUAACAUCACAAGGAUCAUAUUCACCUGAGUACAUUACAGUCGAUAUCGAAGGAACUAGACUCAGUUCCGAAAUAUCACAUACUCGAACCGACCUGACCGCGUAGCUCAGUUGGCAGAGCAUUGGGCUAGUAUUCCAAAGGUCGUACAGUAGGUUCGAUUCCCACCGUGGCCAGGCAUAUUUUUCAAGCUUGACCGGUGUGGAUAUACACUCAGAGUAACAUCACAAGCAUAAUACAAUCAAUGUAAAAUAUUGUAAUUGGUGUCAUUCAUGUAUAUCUAACAAAUGAGAUAUGCGAGUGAAAAAUCCACGUUUAUCUUAUCGUUCACAAAACAAUUAAUUUUUCUCAGUUACGAGGUAAUCAGUUCUUGAUACUGAAGUUCAUUAAAUCCAAUCUUUACCCCCAAUAUACUUAUUAUAUUUACAGCAGCGACGGUGUAGAUGGAGGCAAAACACCAAAGAGGAUAGAGAACGCUAUAAAAUCAGAUUCCAAGUGAGUUUUGGUUGUAUAUUUCUCCGCCAAUUUGAUUUGGUGAAGAAUUUUUGUUAAUGGUUCGAUGUAUUUUUCUUUGUUCAGUAACUUUUCCUGGGUACUAUAGCCUUUACUAACACAUUGUACAAACCAACGGUUUUGAGGUUUUCAUCUUGUUUUGAGGUUUUCAUUUUGUCCGGGCCCAUCAUAAUCAUGCGAAAAGAAACGCUCUGCCGAAGUACACAAAAAUGUGGAAACAAAUGUGGAAAUUAUGUGAAACAAAAAUUAAACGUUUGGUUGUUUUGUAAUAUCAUACUUCCGGGCAAAUAGAGUUGAAACACUGUGGCAUUGCAAAAAUUAUCUUUCUUCAAUAAGGCGCGAGUAUUUGUUUUGGAUUUGACAAUUUGUGCUCUCACAAAUUAAAGGCACACAGUCACCCUUUGAGCGAUGUUAUUUAAUUAAUGACAACAUGGGCACAAAAUCAUAUAGGUGUAGAAAUAGCUUUAAAUGAGACUGGAGUCCUUAUUUCACCGCCAUGUUUAAACUAACUUCUAUAUCAACUUGAAUUUAUUCACGAACUAUUGAAAGAUACGAUCCAUUAAAUAACAUCGCUUAAAGAGUCAUUGUGUGUCUUCAAAAUCUGACUUGCGUUCACUUGACAAGUGUUAUUACAAAACUUAUUUCUUUACAGAGCUCUCCGUCCAGGCGAUAAAGGUUGGUGUAUGCGUGCUAGAGUUCCAGCUCCGUCUAAUAAAGACUAUGUCGUCCGUCCCAAAAGCAACGCAGAAUAUGUCGAUUUCACAAAGGUAACUGUUAGCAGUUCAUUUACAAAAAUGAACUGGAGUCAGGGCCGUACGCAGGAAUUUUUCCACCAGGGGGCAGUAAGGCCUAUAUGCCAAAAAACGUCCCGAAUAUCCAGAGAAUAAUUAACAAUGACAUUCUAAAAAUCGUAAAUAUAGUUUUCUCUAAGGGGGCAGUUGCGCCCCCCCCCCCCUGCUGUGUACGGCCCUGACUGGAGUAUACGUUAUUCAGUUCAUCUACUGUACACCGACGUUUUUAGUCAAAUUGCGUCUACAAAGCAAUUACUAAAGGCCUUUACAGAAGAGAGGUUUUCUUUGAUAUACGUUUGAAUAUUGUCAUAUUCUGACAUACGUCAGUACGAGUCUACAUGCGUCCAGUACGGCAUAUUUCGAAUACGUUCUACAGGGUGUAUAAAAAAAGCGCAAUCCUCGACUGAAAUGUAAAUUGCUAAACAAAUAAUAGACGAAAACGUUAAAGUUUACAUUCAUUUUAAAGCGUAGCCAUUCAGCUUUCUAACAGUGGGUUGUUUCUUAAAUUUGACUCAUUGGUUCGCGGGUAAUAAUACUUUACGUUAUUGCGAUUGGAGAUUAAAAAAAUUGAGAUGGAAUAACAAAUCGUUCUCAUGAAAAUAACUGAUUUUUUCAUUAAAACAAAAAAAUGUUGCAUUUUAUUAAAUGGGUUGUAACAAUAAGUAUAAUUACGGCUUUUCUUCCACUAUUUUAACUGCAGUUUGAAACUUCAAAUGCGAUAUAAUUUUGGUUUGGACCAUCUAAGCUGACUGACAUCAACUUGCUAUAAUUUCUGUUUACAUUACAUCGCAAUUCGAUGACACUCUGGCUCAUACACCAGAAUGUUUUGACGAUUUUGAGCAUUCGUUUAGGAUUUUCAAACAACCUGGUCUCUUUUAAAAUACUUUUAAUUUGUUCUUACGUAGUUUUCCAGAUGUAGUGACGACAACAUUAAAGUUUAAAGAAGAAAAUUCUAACAUUUAAACCGACUAAACAAUAACAUAGUAAACUUACAUAAUUAAACAGCAACUAAAAAUGAUAGGUUUUACUAAAUCUUUUCCUGUGCAAUUAUUACUAGCAUUGGAAACAAGGAUAAUACUUUGUUUGAAAGAGAAAAGAACCGGCUUUGAAGUAAGCCUAAAAGCGUUUAACUAGAAAUAGUAUUUCGAAAGUUAUUAAGCAUAAAAGAUGAAUUGCGUUUAUUUUGAUACACCCUGUAUACGUCACAUUUCGAAUGACGUGUAAUUUUAAAACCUUUUUUGGAAAAGUUGUGUAAUUCACAUACUAUUUUUUAGAGUCUUCUGUAACCUUGCACUGCUGUACUGUGAACUAUACGUGAUGUGAAUAUUUUAAACUUAACUUCUAAUUUUGUGUUAUUGCAGACGUCAAAGAAGACUUUAAAUCGUUUUGAAAAGCAAAAACGGAAAUUUAACGACAAGAAAGGUGGCACGAAACAACGUGCUGUUGAAAUCAGUCUUGAAGGAAGAAAAAUGACUUUAUAGUGAAGAAACGAUGCGAGGAUGUUGUGGUUAUUGAUACACAUCACUGACUUCGACGUUUUUAAAAAGCUAUGAACGGAUUGGCGUCAUGUGAAAAGUUUUGAAUCAAAAUUGGAUGACUGGUUGUGAUUAAAGAUAUGUGAUAGAAGACGAAUUGGUUCCUUAGAUAAGUAGGUUUUACCAGAGUGUUUUGCCUGGUGUCGUGCAACAGGUGGUGGUCGGUCAGUAAGUUAUACAUGCAGGCAGUGGUGGAUUAGCAGUUACGGGGCCUAUUGUUUUUGAAUUAGCUGCUAUAUCAAUAUCUCAUUGCUUAAUUAAGGACCAAAAUAACAAUAAUUCUAAUAAGAAGUGCAUUAUCUGAAAAUCACGGGCCUGUAGGCUACUCAGUAAUCCGCCACUGUAUAUGUAUAUAGGACCACAAAGUCAGGAAUAUUUGGUGGCAAGUUAUAGAAAUGAAAUAGAAAAGUUCAGUUUGUUUGCUCCUAUAUUUAACGGUUAACCGCUGCAAAACACGCAAAAAGUUGACCACCAUCAGCUUCCCCAUCAUUGAAACCCACGAAUACUAAGAUGAUCUACAUGUAUAUAACUAGAAUAAGGGUCCGUGGCAACCUUGAGGUAAGCGAAGAAUAGAUUUCUUUGGUUUGGUCAUUCUACCAAGAGUGCUCAGCACAAAAUUGCGUAGCUACUGAUAGAAUGGUAAAAUAAAAUUGUUUUAGUUCACGAAAUGCUUAAAGAUUUAUUCCUAUUUUACUCCUAUUUGUUAAAACAAAUGUACUUUGAAAUAUCUAGCUUUGUAAUUAUAGCAUUCAUUUCAUACACAAUGCAAAACUGUGAUAGUUUUCAUUAUUUUUAUUCUGUUAGUGGAAUAAAUAUAAUACGUGGUGUAUUAGAAGACUAUAGGGGUGUUGGCUCUGGGUUGUUGGCAUGGCACACCACGACCAAGUGUUUUUCGUUCUGCAGUCGUCUGAUUAUAAUUUCAGUCGCAUAUGACGAGGGAGCUUUUAGUUUGACUUUAGCAAAACCUCA